GGUUAACUCACAACGAAGGCUUCGAUUAAUCCCCAUCCCGAAUAAAUUGAUCGAUUCCUUGUUCAACUCACCGCCGCGGCAAGGAAGGAGACGAAGCGAAACGCUUCUCGAAGGGUUUGGUUUCUGUUAGUAGCGUCUGUGGCGGGGCGAUUCCGGGCGCCAUGAACAGCAGCAAGCAGGCGCUGAUAUACAGCUUCGUGGCCAAGGGCUCCGUCGUGCUGGCGGAGCAUACCGCCUUCUCCGGCAACUUCAGCACCGUCGCCGUCCAGUGCCUCCAGAAGCUUCCCCCCAACAGCACCAGAUCCACCUACUCUUGCGACGGGCACACCUUCAACUUCCUCGUCGACCGCGGCUUCGUGUUCCUCGUGGUCGCGGAUGAGGCGGUGGGGAGGAGCGUGCCGUUCGUGUUCCUGGAGAGGGUUAGGGAGGACUUCAUGCAGCGGUAUGGGUCCAGCAUCGAUGAGGAGGGGCAGCACCCGCUUGCCGAUGAUGCCGAUGAGGAUGACUUUCUGUUUGAAGAUCGGUUCAGCAUCGCCUACAACCUCGACCGUGAGUUCGGGCCGAGGUUGAAGGAUCACAUGCAGUAUUGUGUUAAUCAUCCGGAGGAAAUUAACAAGCUCUCCAAGGUAAAAGCACACCUCUCGGAGGUCAAAGGGAUUAUGAUGGACAACAUUGAGAAGAUAUUGGAUCGUGGUGAGAAGAUUGAACUUCUGGUGGGUAAGACAGAAACCUUACAAUCACAGGCUGACAACUUCCACAGGCAUGGCAGAGAGCUUAGGCGAAAGAUGUGGCUUCAGAACUUGAGGUUUAAGCUGAUGGUGGGUGGUGGCAUUGCGGCUCUGAUUCUCAUCCUUUGGCUGAUGGUCUGCAGGGGCUUUAAGUGUUAGAGCAUUCGAAUUCGAUGUGUUUAGUGCUCGGAAAGACCACCAAAUAGCGCUUUUGAAGCGUUGUGUUGCACAGUUAUCUUCUACUGGACCUCAACACACCGUGGCCCGUUGUCAUGUUUCAAAAGAUCAUAGUAGUAGGGGGCUGGAUUACUUGUGGGUGAAAGAGAAAUGACACUAUGACUUUAUUAUCUGUACAUUCCAAAAUGCAAGCUCUUAUUAUUUGAA